GUCAGCCUCGUGUUCAUGACCGGGGAGGUGAUUGGCGGAUACGCCGCCCACAGUCUGGCCAUCAUGACGGACGCGGCUCAUCUCCUCGCAGACUUCGGCAGCAUCAACAUCAGCCUCUUCUCUCUGUGGAUUUCGUCCAGGCCUCGGACACAAGCCAUGACGUUUGGGUGGCAUCGAGCAGAGAUCCUGGGCAUGCUGCUGUCCAUCGCCUCCAUCUGGGCCGUGACGGCAGCUCUGGUCUUCUCGGCCGCUCAGAGGAUCACCGACGACGACUACGAGAUCGACAGCGGGAUCAUGCUCAUCACCUCAGGCUGUGCCGUCGGGGUCAACAUCCUGAUGGUCCUGAUCCUGCAUCAGUCUGGCACCUCUCACGGCCACGGCCACGGGUUUCCCACCAGCCAGCAUCACUCUCACAGCCACGGCAACGCCAGCGUGAAGGCGGCCUUCAUCCACGUCGUGGGAGACCUGCUGCAGAGUGUGGGCGUCCUGCUGGCCGCCAUCGUCAUUCAUUUCAGGCCUGAAUACAAAGUAGCAGAUCCAAUUUGCACCUUCCUGUUCUCGAUCCUCGUACUUCUGACGACCUUUCCGGUCAUAAAGGACGUCUUCAGGAUACUGAUGCAAGGAGCUCCUCAGGGUUUGAAGUUCAGCGCUGUGAAAGAGCUGCUGCGAUCCGUGAGGGGAGUGACAGACAUCCACAGUUUGCACAUGUGGAGCCUCAACAUGAAUCAUUCUCUGCUCUCAGUCCACGUCGACACAGAGGAAGAAGCCGAUUCCCAGAAGAUCCUCAUUAAAGCCACAAAGCUCCUGCGCUCCAAGUUCGGUUUUUCCAGCGUUACGAUCCAGGUGGAAUGCGGCAGGACGUCUCCUGACAGACACGAGACUCUGAGGUGA